CGUCGUCCGGGGCUCAGGGGCCCGCACGGAGGGCCCCGCCCAGGCUCCGCCCACGUGCGUCCCGGCGCCCUCGUCCCUGCCGGGGAUCCCACGCGCGUUUGUCCUCUGUCCUCUGUCCACGUGUACGGCUGCAGCCCGGCUCUGGGCUGUGGUUGUGCGAGGCUCGCGGCAGAGCUCUGCCCUGCAGCGGGAGGCCGUGCCCGGGCCCCGCCCCCGCCUUACCUGCGCGCCUGUGGCAGCGGCUCCGCAGCCUGUUAGGCCAUUUCCGCCCUCAGUCUUCCCCACUUCCCUUCCCGAUUUGACAGAUGGGAAGGCUGCUAGGGAAGCGGGAUCCCGAGUAGAGGCGGGUAGGGGUGCCCUUUGGGCGCUGGGGCGUGGCGGCUUGUUAGAGCGUGUUUGGAAAAUGGGAGCCAGGAACAGGGCGGAGAAGAGGGGCGUCCCAGGCGGACCGAGGCGGUGGAGGGCCGGGACUGUGUAGGGAGCAGGACUGAGAGGAGCUAGGCUGGUUGGUUCCGGGAGGGAGACAGAUGGCCCCGCCGGGAAUUUGCAGCACCUGGAGUUGUCGAUCUACUUGGACUUGAUUUCUGAAGUGCAGGAGCUUACACGUCUCUGGCUCCCCACGUGGAAGGAAACACCCUGGCAGAGCCCUUGGUCCACACCCAGAGAUGGCAUCUGUGGAUUUCAAGACCUACGUGGAUCAGGCCUGCAGAGCUGCCGAGGAGUUUGUCAACGUCUACUACACCACCAUGGAUAAGCGCCGGCGUCUGCUGUCCCGCCUCUAUAUGGGCACAGCCACCCUAGUGUGGAAUGGAAAUGCCGUUUCAGGACAGGAAUCCUUGAGUGAGUUUUUCGAGAUGUUGCCUUCCAGUGAGUUCCAGAUCAGUGUAGUAGACUGCCAGCCUGUUCAUGAUGAGGCCACACCGAGCCAGACCACAGUCCUCGUUGUGAUCUGUGGAACAGUGAAGUUCGAGGGCAACAAGCAACGGGACUUCAACCAGAACUUCAUCCUGACUGCCCAGGCUUCACCCAGCAACACCGUGUGGAAGAUAGCGAGUGACUGCUUCCGCUUCCAGGACUGGGCCAGCUAGUGGGCCAGAAAGGACUCUUUGCUGUGGCUCAACUCUGUAGAGAAACACAAAUCUCAAAUCUCAGGAUGUGGAGGACACGAGUUCAUUUCUGUUGCAGAGACACUGCAGACUGGACUGUGCCGAGGCUGACUUUUGCGUUUGUUUUGGGUCCUAGGGGUGUAUACUUGUUUGUCAUAGUUGCCUUUUAAAAGUAGUAAACUUUUCUAUUUUUCCACUUGUCUGGUAGAGACCCUGAUUCUAACAAGUAAAAUAGUCAUACUAAUGUGA